AGUUGCCCUUCGUUUUGGUUUCAUAGUUUCUGCCCUCGACGUUGUACGUGACGGGCAUCUCUGCUGGAACAAGAUCAUGUCUUCUUCAACCCAUUGAAGGAAAGGGAAUAUUUGUUCACACUUAUGAUGAUUUGACAUAAUUAACGUUUUAUUAACCAUGAUGGCAACACAGACAUUAAGUAUAGACAACUAUCAAGAUGGACAACAGAUGCAAGUGGUGACAGAGUUAAAAACUGAACAAGAUCCCAACUGCUCUGAAACUGAUGCAGAAGGGGUGAGUCCUGCCCCUGUAGAAUCUCAAACUCCAAUGGAUGCAGACAAGCAGGCCAUUUACAGGCACCCACUAUUUCCCUUGUUAGCACUAUUAUUUGAAAAAUGUGAACAGUCUACACAAGGCUCAGAAGGCACAACUUCUGCUAGUUUUGAUGUAGAUAUUGAAAACUUCGUAAGGAAGCAGGAGAAAGAAGGAAAACCUUUUUUCUGUGAAGACCCAGAAACCGAUAAUUUGAUGGUAAAAGCAAUCCAAGUUCUUCGUAUCCAUCUGCUCGAGCUGGAAAAGGUUAAUGAACUCUGCAAGGAUUUCUGCAGUCGUUACAUUGCCUGCCUGAAGACAAAAAUGAACAGUGAAACUCUGUUAAGUGGAGAGCCUGGAAGUCCUUAUUCACCUGUGCAAUCUCAGCAAAUUCCAAGUGCCAUUGCAGGCACACUCAGUCCCCAAGGGAUUAUGGUGCCAGCAUCAGCAUUGCAGCAGGGAAAUGUAACUAUGGCAACAGUAGCAGGGGGGACAGUGUAUCAGCCCGUCACUGUGGUCACUCCACAAGGCCAAGUGGUGACACAGGCACUGUCACCUGGGACUAUUCGGAUCCAGAACUCUCAGCUUCAGUUGCAAUUAAACCAAGAUCUAGGCAUCUUGCAUCAAGAUGAUGGCUCAUCAAAAAAUAAGAGAGGAGUUCUUCCCAAGCACGCUACAAAUGUGAUGAGAUCUUGGCUUUUUCAGCACAUAGGGCAUCCAUAUCCAACAGAGGAUGAGAAGAAGCAGAUUGCAGCACAAACAAAUCUGACACUACUCCAGGUUAACAACUGGUUUAUCAAUGCUAGAAGGCGAAUUCUUCAGCCGAUGCUGGAUUCCAGUUGUUCCGAAACCCCCAAAACAAAGAAGAAAACAGCUCAGAACCGGCCGGUGCAGAGGUUCUGGCCUGACUCCAUUGCCUCAGGAGUUGCUCAGCAGCAAUCCAACGAGCUCACCAUGUCCGACGGUGCUGUUGUCACCAUUACAGCUCCAGUCAACAUGAAUGUAGACAGUCUGCAGUCUUUGUCAUCUGAUGGUGCUACUUUGGCUGUCCAGCAAGUCAUGAUGGCAGGGCAGAGCGAGGAUGAGUCUGUAGACAGCGGGGAGGACGAUGGAGGAGACCUCUCAACAACAAACAUCAGCGGGCUGGUCUUGGAUAACAGCGAUUCUCUGCAGUAGGAAGCAAGAAAGUGUGAAAAAAACACUUAGGAAAAAAA